AUGAAGGCCAGCAUACCCAAGCGGUUACUCACCCUACGUGAUAGGGAUAGGGAUAAGGAGAAGAAUGGCUCCCACGGUCGGAGCAAGUCCUCCGAGGGACACAAGUCUACCGAGUCGUCUUUCCUAUCUGUCUUCAAGAGCGGCUUGAGCACCACGACCAACGGAGACGUUGACAAGGAGAAAGAAAGCGCCAAGAUUGACGAGAUCGACAAACGCCUUGCUGAGAUGGACAUACAUGAUAUCUCUAAAGAGCACCUGCGCUUUGCUCUCAGAAGCAAAUACGCCGCCGGCGACACCGAAAAAGCCAUCGAAAUGUUGCUCCUCCACCAGAGGUCCAUGUCUGGCACCAUCUUGCCCUACGACCCCAAGAUUCACAUGGUCGGGGCCGAGAACAGGGGGAACGUCACAUGCUAUCUCGAUGCUCUGCUCUUUGCCAUGUUCGCGAAGCUGGAGGCUUUUGAGUGCAUGCUAAAGAACGACUUAUCCGACGAGCCACAGCGAAAUCUGGCUUCUUUAAUCCGCCUCUGGGUGAACAUGUUGAGGAGCGGGAAGCUUAUACACACGGACUUUACACAAUUGAUACAAGACGCUUUGGCUGCUUGUGGCUGGAAAGACGCUCAAUUGCUCGAACAGCAGGACACCUCUGAGGCCUUCGCAUUCAUUACCGAGACGCUGCAACUGCCAUUACUGACGCUGCAGGUGGACUUGUUCCAUCAGGGCAAGGGGGACAAAGACGACCACAAGGUUGUAUACGAGCGUCUCCUCAACCUGGCGGUUCCAGUCGACCCAGAAGGCAAGGGUGUCAAGCUUGAGGACUGCCUGGAGGACUAUUUUAACACAAGGGUGGACGUCUCCCGCGUCGGUGUCGAGGAGAAGCUUGACAGACCGAUUCUUACACCUCAAAGUACCAUUCGACUCGUCAAAAUGGAUCCGGGGGAGGAGGCAGAGAUCGUGGAUCAAGUUGACGGGGAACCUUUACAACGACGCUGGACCGUUGUCGAACCGACAGAACCUGCGGACGGGCCCUCAACCUCAGACCCAGAGCGUCCUGCUGUCCGCCAUAGGUCAACGAGCAUCAUCCAGCGUAUUGUCUUGGACGCCGAUGGAAAAGCAACCGAAUCAGACGCCGCGAGCCUGCUACAGAAGGCAAAGCGGAAAGGCUCUACAGUUGUGAAAGCAGUCACCAUCCCUGCUUGGCAAUUCUUCCGGCUGAUACCUUGGCACGCCGUUCCGAACACCGAGCCAAAGACUGAUGGAGAAAUUCUGAUGCAUUUCAAUCAACGACCAGUAGUGGGAAUCUGUUUAAAAAGGUACCUGGUGACGGAGGAUGGGCGCGCCAAGCGGCAGAACACAUUCAUCGACAUUCCCGACAGCUUGAGACUACCACGGUUCAUGGUUGCAGACGACGCGAAGGUCGAAGAGGACACCUCACUCAGCACGGAGUACAAAUUGGUCCUGCAGUCCGUAGUCUGUCACAGGGGCGACUCAGUGCACUCUGGGCACUACAUCAGCUUCGCACGAGUCAACCCUAAGCUUCUCACCGACAACAGGCGCCACGACAACGAUCCGCCACCAGAUUACGAGGACGCUCAGUGGGUCAAGUUCGACGAUCUCGCUCUCGAGAACCGGGUCUCCAACGUGGACGAUAUCAAAGCAUCUCUGAAGAAUGAGAUGCCGUACCUUCUCUUCUACCAAAUCGUGCCUAUGGUAGACGUUACGAACAUAUCGGUCACGGGUUCUGAGACUGAGCCUCCGUCCUACGACGACUCGACCCUCAACGCGGCCGUCAGUAACGCAAGCGACAGCGAACGACCAGGGCUAUCAAGAGCAGCUAGUGGCUAUUUUGACAUGUCCACCCUGAGCUCGACAGGCCCCAGCAUUCGCUUCUCCUCGGAGCUGGAAAGACCACCACGGUUGAGUCUCAGCGUCGAGGAUGAUGUCGCACAGGCUCCUGCGCUUCUCAGUCCGAAUGCAUCCCGGCGUGGAAGUGUUGCCGUGUCCGAACCCAUUCUGGGGAAUCUUGCGAUCACGCCCGAGACUGGCUCAUCCCCAGUAGUCACGCCGAUCGAGGAGACCACGGCUCAACGACUCUCGAGGGCGGCGGCGAAAUUCACCAAAUCUGGCACACGCAGCAGGCCCACGAGUCAGGCGGGAGAGAGCCGUAUCAGCAUCACCAUGUCGCGGCUAAGCCUGAAGAGUAAGAGUAAGGAACCUCUGCGCGAGGCAUGGGAGAGUGUUGAAGGCGACGAAGAGACCCCAGUGGCUGUUGUCGUACCAGAGCGACUAUCGAUCGAUGGUGAAGAAAAGAAGGACAAGGAGCACCAUCACCACCACCACCUCCACGGAAAGAAGAAGCGAGCCAAAUCCAAGAGUCGUAGCGGCGACAAAGACACUGAAAAGGUCAAGAGGAAAGGCGAGGUGCCAGAUCGGGAAUGCAUCGUCAUGUGAGCACUAUCGCCGAGGGGAAAGAUGAAGAAGUCAACAGAGCAAUCGCAAGGCGUUCAGGCUACAGCAUACAAGUGUAUUUUGGAGUGUUACAAUUACAUUCGGAGGGGGCUUCCUUUGGUUUUUACAUUUCGCCUUUUGGAGCGGUCAGCCAAGAGAAAAGACGGUGGCAUUCAGCGACUCAUUCAUUGGGAUUUAGGAAUAUAUCCUACACCCAGAAGAAAAUGAAGAAGAAAUGUUGGGGUACAAGACGCACAUUUGCAUAUGAUACCAGCGAAAAAGAGUGGAAAGGAGGCACGGCGGACCGAGGGCAAGGCCAGUGUCAUCUGAGAAAGUCAGGAACACAUCAAUACACAUACCUAAGAGCUUGUAUACCAGUGAUGGGAUACAAUACAAUAUUACUAGUGCAUCC